GGCUGCGGCUCAUCCCGCCGCAUGGUCUGCGCUGCGGUCUCGUUACGUCAAAACAUUACUUGUUUUAAAACGUCUUUCACAUUUCCUGUUAAAUCAAUAAUGAAAGUAAAAUAAAUAGCUACCAUCAUCUAGCAAUACAACUAAUGUCAGACCUAGAUUGAAGCGGAGCCAAAAGCGAUCUCAAGCUAAAAUUCAUUUUAGGCUUUGAAAGAAUUAUGUGGUCGGAAUCGUGGUAUCACAAGAUGAACGGCGAAACGAGGACAUCUUGGCGCUCCUUCAUGUCGUUAGCGUUAAUCCUGUUAGCGCUAGUUAGCUCAUGCCUCGGAGAGUAUACUUUAUCUUCUAAGAAUGGUAUUAAAACUGAAUCUAGUUUAGAAGCUCUGUUAAAGAUAGGUUCCACAAAUACGAGCGUAGAAAGCGCUACAGUAAUGUCACCAACCAUUACUUCAACAACAAAGAAAAACACAAAAACAAUAGCGCGUUUCACAACUGAGAAUCCGACGAAUGCACCCCAUUUCACUUCUAAAGUGUACAUUGGUACAAAAGGCGAAGUGAAAAGUGCAAGAAGGCAAAAGUUAAACACUAGUUCUAGUGCUCUCGGCACCCCAGCGCAUUCACCGGCAAGACUACAAGAGCGCCUGGGGGCUAUAGAUUGUGAUUUGCCAGUUUUACCGAGAGAGUCACGUCUUUGGCGAGGAAAUGAAACUCACGAACUUAAUCUUCCCGUAACUAUGGCUGAGGAGUGUACCGCGGGAGGUGGAGGUGCGGCCGAUGAGGAGUGCCCCCCGGUCAUCGUUUCGUGGGAGGGUUCUGCUGAUAUUCAGAGCGGUGAUAUUCUUAUCGUUCGCAUUGUGGACUCUUUGCUCCUCGAUGCCCUCGUACAGAAUCAACUCAAGAAUGAUACUCUUGGAACGAAUACAUCGCUCGCUGACGGAGAAAGGGUACAUCGCGCCCUUACGCAGCCGGCCGUAUAUCAGGUGACUAGACAAGGACACGAGCAUUGUGAUGUGUCGGACGGCAUGUUAUUGGACAUCACUCCUCUCGCUGAAGACGGAGCCAAACUCUUCACGUUGUAUGAUAAAGAUCUCACAGAAGGAGUCAACUUACUCAUAGUGGUGUCAGAUAACUGGGGCUCUCAAUGCGUGCGUUUAAAAGUAACAGUGAAGUCAGACAAUUGUGGCGAAACUCAGGAUUGUUCAGGAAAAGGCGUGUGCUAUACGAACGUGUCCAUGGAGGGAUACGAAUGUCAGUGCUGCUCCGGGUUCGUGGGUCCACAUUGCGAGGACAGGGACUCGUGCAAUCCAUCACCCUGUCUGAAUAGCGGCAUAUGCGUCGACGUCACGCAACCUCCAACAGGGAACGGCUCCAACUAUCGCUGUCUUUGUCCUUACGGGUUCUCGGGGAAAAGGUGCGAAAACGAUCCCUGUUACUCUGCACCGUGCUUAAAUGGUGGGUCCUGUAUGAGUAUGGCUGUAAAUGGCACGACUUCAUUUCACUGUGCAUGCCCAGACGGCUGGACUGGAGCACGAUGUGAGUUUUCCAUGAUCGGUGGAGCAUGUACCUCCAACCCAUGCGUGAAAGGUAUCUGCAUUGAACAAAUCGAUGGUGAUGUGGAAGAGCCAGAUUAUAAGUGCUUCUGUCAGCCCGGUUACACGGGAGAGCAGUGUGAGCUUGAGUAUAAUGAAUGUGAGUCGUCGCCGUGUGGGAACGGCGGUACUUGUACCGACAGAGUUGGAGGCUUUGAGUGCACUUGCGGGCGUGGAUACACAGGGAACACGUGCCAGCUUAAGGUCGAUCUGUGUUCGCCGAAUCCUUGUUCGGAAAGCCGUUACUGCGUGGACCGUGGCAACACGUAUACUUGCGAGUGUCCUCAUGGCUACAUAGGCGAGGAGUGCGACAUCCUCGCCGGCUCCGUCACUGCUCCGGACGGCUAUCCGAGGCGAAACCCCUGCGAUAACUUCCCAUGCGCUCACGGCGGCACUUGUUGGAGUGCGGCCGGUUCAUUUUAUUGUUCGUGUCGACCUGGAUAUACCGGAAAACUAUGCGAAGAAGAUUUCAUCCUCGAAUCAGUAAUUCGUGGCGAGACGGUCGACUCGGAGCAGCGAGGCGGGGGUUCCGUUCGUGAAGUUAGGAUGCCUCUCGGCCUAUAUCACGAUCGUCUGCACAAUGUGUACAUAGCGGCCGGCACGCUGGGAGCGGCUAUAGCUAUUGUUGGUGUUGUUGUAACUGCUUGUCAUUGCCGUGUGAACAAGACUUACUCUCGUCUAUUGUCUCGUCUGUCCCGGGUCACGGAGCCUGGGCCUCCGCAUCACUGGCUGCAAGACAAGCGCACCCCCCUCGCUCCCGCUUCGUACCCCCCUCCCUCCGCGGGUCUGGACUCCGCUGACAUGUACUACACGUUGGAUUUCAGUGACAGCCAGAGCUCACCUCUCAUUCAAUAGCAAUCGUUCUGGAACUGCUCCGAUGGGGAACGGUUCAAAAUACAGUUUUGAAUGGCUCUGCCUCUGUUGUAGACAUGCUUAUGAUGGGCUCCGAUCAAUCGCGCAUUGUUCGAUCCAGUUUUGAAUUUAAUAUUAAUUCACUGA